AAGGGGGCCCGGGCGCGCCGUAUCCGCUGUGCGCUUUUCAGUCGAGCGAGUGGAGUUCUGAGUUUGACGUAAGCAAGACCCUCGAAGCUUUAGACGUGGCGGCCCCACAGAAGCACACCUACUCCCAAAGGCUGAAAUUGGUGCAACAUUGUGCUACCAAAGUGCUUCAAGAUGUGGCAUAAAGCUUUCUUGGCUGCGCUGCUAGCUUUGAGUAUAGGCUACUACUAUCAGAUGCAUCCAGAAUUUCCAGAACUUGCCAAGCAAUAUAUCUAUACCCUGAUUCAGCCCUUUUCUGCCCAUAUCUCAUCUCUUCAAGUCAACAGUCAUACGGCCUCCUCUGAACUGACCAUCUCAUUGGCUUGGGAAGCUCUAAUCACCAGCCCCUUAAAACAGUGGAGCAAAAUAGCUGUUGGAGUAAAUGCAUGUGUAGAUGUUGUGGUGACAGGAGUUGGACUCCUUCAGGCUCUUGCCCUAGAACCAGGAAAGGGACAAGACCAUGAAAUCCUGCAUUCAAAAGAAGAUCUGAAGGAAGCAUUUCUGUAUUAUAUGUCAAAAGGUGCAGCAGCUGAGCGCUUCUAUUCUGAUGAGGAGAUGUUUCAAAGGAUUGCACGGGCAGCCUCUGAGUAUCCUGGUGCUCAGGUGUAUGUAGGAGGAAAUGCAGCCCUCAUCGGUCAGAAGUUAGCAAGACAUCCCCAAGUAACAGUGCUACUCUGUGGUCCGGUUGGCCCCAAACUCCAUGAACUUCUAGAUGAGCAGAUCCUUGUUCCACCCGAGUCCCUUCAGGAAACUGAUGAGUAUCAUCUCAUUUUGGAGUACAAAUCAGGAGAAAAGUGGGGCUCAUCUCAGGCCCCCAAUGCAAAUCGCUUUAUCUUUUCUCAUGAUGUGUCUAAUGGAGAGAUGAAUGUGCUAGAAACCUUUGUUGAAAGCUUGGAAGAGUUUAAACCAGAGUUGGUGGUGUUGUCAGGCCUUCAUAUGAUGGAAGGUCAAGGAAGAGAGGUUUGGGAGUAUCGACUUCAUGAGGCAGUUGUGGCCAUAUCCAGCAUCCCUAAUAAAGUGCCUAUUCACCUGGAGCUGGCAAGCAUGACUGACAAAGAUUAUAUGAACAAUAUUGUGAAACAGCAGGUCCUACCAAGAGUGAACUCAAUUGGACUGAAUGAACAAGAGCUGUUGUUUGUCUCUCAAGCUGGUUCUGGCCCUCAUUCAGAAUUACAUUCUUGGAAUGGCUUUCCAGACAUAGGGAAGGUCAGUGACAUCUUAUUCUGGAUUAUCAAGGAGUAUGGGCAUGGUGAAGAAAACAGUGAAGCCAGUCUCACCCGUAUCCACUUCCACACUUUGGCCUAUCAUAUCUUGGUCACUACAGAUGGUUUUUGGUCCAAUCAAGUGUCGGCGGUAUCUGCAGGAGCAAGAGUUGCAGGAACUCAAGCUUGUGGUACGGAAAGGAUUGAUAUCAACAGAGUCUUGCUUAAAAUUCCCUUUGAAUUCCAAGUUUCUGCUUCUGGCACUGGACAUAAAGUGACAUUAAAUCCGUCAAACCCUGUUACUGUGUGGCAGAGAGAAAACACCUCUUUCUUUUUAACACCCGUUUUAGUCUGUAAAAAUCCUCUUCGGACUGUAGGAUUAGGAGACGCCAUCUCUGCAGAAGGACUGCUAUAUUCUGAAAUGAUCAAAAAGUAAUGAAUACUGACUAAGCCAAAUGAUCACCCUUAGCAUGCAAAAAAAAAGAAAAGAAAUCAAUGAUAUUUUGGAACACAUAAUCAAGAAUAAUGUUCAAAGUCCUGAUUAAGACAUAACCGUAUGUAGCAAUUGAUCAUUUCAAAUUUAGAAUUGAUAUUUCCGUUGAUGCAACUGGGGAAGGUUCUUCAACACUUCCCACAAUACCUGAACAUUAGUGAAGGGCAGGCAAAGGGCUGGCUUACCUUAUGUUCAAUUUGCAAUGCUCAUUGCACUCUUGUGUCUGUCUGUUGCUGGGUUGAACAACACUUUCUGUUUCUAGAAAAUGAAAUCUCGAGUGCACAAUACUUAUUGGAUGAGUGGAGUUAUGGCUUUUCAUAAAACUUAUGGAAUUUUAGACAGAAUGCACUGUAAAUGUAUCCAUCAUCCAUCCAACAUGUUGUUCACUUUUGAAUCUUGAGGGUGUUAUGCUGUUGUAAAAAAAAAAAA